AUGUUUCGUGCGCAGCAAAAUGCGUUUGACGACGCUGUCGCCAAGGCGACUGACGAGAACCUGACAUCCGAGAAUUGGGAAUAUAUUCUGGAUGUCUGUGACAAGGUUUCAGUCGAAGAAUCUGGCGCAAAAGAAGCGGUUGCUGCCAUGAUUAAGAGAUUGGCUCAUAGGAAUGCCAACGUCCAGCUUUAUACCUUGGAGCUUGGCAAUGCUCUGUCGCAAAAUUGCGGUCCGAAAAUUCAUCGCGAGCUGGCCUCGAGAAGCUUUACUGAUGCGCUUCUUCGUCUGGCGGCUGAUCGGAACACGCAUCAACAAGUGAAGUCUAAAAUCUUGGAGCGCAUGCAAGAAUGGACCGAAAUGUUCUCAUCUAACCCCGACUUUGGCAUCAUGGAGCAGGCAUACAUGAAGCUGAAGACUACAAAUCCCAACUUGCAACCUCCCUCGAAACCUGUGAAGCAACAGAUCACCGAUUUCGACCGGAAGAAGGAAGAAGAAGAACUGCAGAUGGCACUGGCCUUAUCGGUCAAGGAAAGAAAGCCAGUUCCUACUCAAGCGGGCUCAUCGGCGGCUGCUGUGCCUGCACAUGCUCCUGCAUCUACAUCCACCCCCACUCCAGGGAGCCAAACAGAGCCUGCUGAAGCUCAGCCUGUUCUAUCCGGCACGUCUGUCGCUACUGUGUCGCGAGUCAGGGCCCUCUUCGACUUCCAGCCUUCCGAGCCUGGCGAGCUCCAGUUCCGAAAGGGCGAUACCAUUGCCGUUUUGGAGUCUGUAUAUAAAGACUGGUGGAAGGGUUCCUUGAGGGGCCAGACUGGUAUCUUCCCUCUCAACUAUGUCGAGAAGCUCCCUGAUCCGACUGUGGAGGAGUUGCAGCGUGAGGCUCAGAUGGAGGGAGAUGUCUUCAGUCAGAUCAAGAACGUUGAGAAGCUCCUGACUCUGUUGAGUACCCGGAGCUCGGAUCUCAACGUUCAAGAAAAUGAGGAAAUCACUACUCUCUAUCACUCUACCCUCGCCAUUCGACCAAAGCUUAUUGAGUUGAUCGGCAAGUACUCUCAAAAGAAAGAUGAGUUCACCCAGCUCAAUGAAAAGUUCAUCAAGGCCCGCCGUGAUUAUGAGUCCUUGCUCGAGACGUCGAUGGCUCACCCAGCGCAACCUCAAUACGGUCGACCUGGACAGCCUCAGUACGGAUAUCCGGGUGCUGCUGCGCCUGCUGGAUAUCCUCCAGGCCCUCCUCCGGAUCAGCGAUACUUUAGCCCUCGACCUCAAGAGCAACCUGCCCAGUCGCAGACCCCCUACUAUGGCGCAGAGCAGACAAUCCCUUACCGGCCUGCGUCUCAUUCACCUGAUCCUCGCACCCAACAUGCAGGUGGCGCGCCACUGCAGCAACAGCCACCUCAGGCUGAACCCUAUCAAUCCAUGCACCACCGCCCCCAGUCUACAUACGACCAUCCCCAAGAACUAGGAACAUCCGUCUACGACUCGCCCGUGGACCAGCGUCCCUCAUACCCUCCCACCGGCCAAGUGCCACCUACAGCACACCAGCAAUUCCAGCAGCAGCAACAACAACAAACACAGCAGGACUACUCGCCCUCUGCUUACUCCGGCGAGGAAACACCCCAGAUGCCCUCUGCUCCUGGUAUGCCGCAGCAGUACCAAAAUCAGCAGCAACAAGCCCCCUACCCCAAUUCUCCCACCACUCAGCACCAAGCACCUCCCUCGCACCAACCCCCCUCGAUUCCCGGAACCGCACCGUCUGCUCAAUACAACGCUUUCAACCCUGCGCCAUCGGCACCACCUGGUAGCGCGGAAUAUCAGGCAUAUCAGCCUACGCAGGGUAGCGUGCCUCCCUCGAAUCCAGCUUCGUUCUACAGAUAA